AUGCACUGCCGUGUCAACUUCCUGCUGCUCCUUACCAUCCUUAGCAUUGUCCUAGCAACCGCACUCGCUCCUCCAGCGGGUGGGGGCGGCGCUGGUGGGGGAGGAGCCAGAGGAGGCACCAGUGGUGGUGGUACUGGUGCUAGCGGAGGAAAGAGCGGGGGUGGCAGCAGUAGUGGUGGUGGCGGCAGCAGAAGUGGUGGAGGCGGAGCUGGUGGGCGAAGUGGCAGCGGAGGUGCAUCUCGUGGAGGCGUGGUAGGAGGGGGAGACGACGAUGGGAACACUAAUACAGGAGGUGGAGCUGGAGGGUCUGCGGGUACACAUCCAGUGGUGUUGCCUAAUAAUGGCCGUCAGGGGAGCAGCGGCGGCACCAGCAUAAGUAGUUUAUCACAUCUAUUAUUAUACCUGCCCAUCUCCCUCUUAGUUUCCUCCUCCUCAACUUCCCUCCGCUAG